CAAGAUCUACUUUCUAGCAUUCCUGGCCGGAAAAGGGGGGAAUUUGGUGGUUGUUAAAGUUGGAACAGAUUCGAAAAAGGUUCAAAAGAUUCAUGUUUACCGUCUUUGAAAGACUCUCAGCCUCGUUCAUGUCGUGAUUUCUAUGUGUGCUUCACUGGGCUGGCGACGUAGGGUACGAAUUGUGAAGCAAGAGACCAUGAGCGAGACUGACAACAUGUUGGCUCUGUAUGCCAAGUAUCAAGAUGUGGAAAACCUCCUUCUAAAAGAUGAUCCCCCAGAGCAACCCUACAAUUCCCGGUACAAAGCUCGUGAGCUCUUGGAAGAGAUGCUUCGCAUGAGCCAAGACUUAACAGCUAGCAUGAUCAAAAAACUAUCGAUUCACAUACUGGCCAAAUUAGGGGCUAUUGAUCAAGAAGUGGAGGAAUUGGCCAAAAGUCAAGAACACCUCGAAGCUGUCCAAGAUUUCAUCGACUCGCCUGAUGCCCUUUCAAGCGAGACGAUAAUUCCACGAUUGGUGGUAUUAAAUCAAUUGGGUAUUCUGUGGACAUCAAGGGGAGAGAUGGAAAAGGCCAAAUCAUACUUGCUUGAGGCGAAUGCUCUCUAUGAACGCUUCAAGACAAAUGGCGAAGGUCCCUUGUCCUUGCUUGAAGAUUUGAUUAGGGGCAAAAGCCUCGGUGAGCGGAACAACGACGAAAAUCAACCGGAUCGAGAAAAAGCCCUGGAGCUCCUCAACACUCACACGUAUUAUUACCUCGCCCAAGUGUACGAGAAACUUGGAGCUCGGGACAAGGCGGGCGAAUGUUGCCAUAUCACUCUCAAGAAGCAAUUGAAACUCAAAGAGUUCAAUUCGCUGGACUGGGCUCAAAAUGCCGCGACACUGUCUCAUUUUUAUGAAGUUGAUGACAAUUUCCCAGCCGCAAAAACACAUUUAGGAGCUGCCAGCUAUGUAUUGACGCGCUUUCUGUCAGAAAUGGAAAGCAAGGAGUUCAAAGAUGAUGAAGAACGCAAUGAUUUGAUGGAAAAGAUCGGACAAACCCAAGGAAUGGUCUUGAGGUGUUGGGGUAAAUAUGCUCUGGUGUUGUUGCAAAAGUCCUUUGAGCGAAUGUGUCGGCAGAGUGAAAAUUCUGAAGAUCCCUUAGUAGUAAAGAACAUUGAAGAUGAGGAGUUCCCCAGCAUGCUUGAGGAAUUCCCCUCGAUUGAGAUUGAUCCCGAGUUUCAAGAUGUGCCCUCUCAAUUUGUCAAAACAUUCGAGCAAGCACGACAAGUGUUCUUGCCCGGUCAAAGGUUCCUCAAUCGAGCCAAAGAGAUAUUCACCUUUGAAGAGCAUUGUACGGAUUUCACCGAGAUUAACCAGGAACUCAGCGCCUUGCACAAAGCCCUCGUGGUUUUUGAGCCCAAUCCGGAUCGUCGAUUCAAAAUCCACAAGCGCCGAGUUGAGCUAUUGGAAAUGCCCUUGAAGGAGCUGGGUAACGCGUCAUACCUCCUGGUUCGAAGGCAACUCAUGUUUGAACUCGGCGAAACUCACGAAUCCAUGAUGGAUGCGAAAUUGGAUCAAAUCCGGAAUUCUCCCGGUCACUCAGCCCUCUCGUCCCAAAUGGAAAAAGUUAAUACCAAUGUGUCCAAGGCCGUUUCAUUUUUCAAGGCCUACCUGGAUUCGCUACAAAACAAAGAAGGCCACAUGCCCGAUCCGUUUCCAGCCGAAAUUUGUCGUCCGGCUUUAGUGGCCUAUUUUCACUUGGCCAGACUAUUUGAUAAAUUCAUGGUGGCCGAGCGAACGACUGAAGCCUUCAAGAAUAAGUUGCAAGUGUACUACUACUUCAAAAAAAUCGUUGACUAUUGCCAAAGUCAUCCCGAGGCCGAAGGGGUCGUGGCUGAGGAACUGCCUCUAUGCCAAGAGAUGGUCAGACUUCUCCCAGUCAAGAUUGAGAAGAUGAAAGCCGAGCUGCAAACCAGUAGAUGAUCAAGCAGUCUACACAUACCCAGUCCAAACCUUGGGUUGUUUUCGUGUGUCAUGUCCGUCAUGUCUCAGAUUUAACUUUGUGUGGCGUACCUCUUGAACGGAAAUUACCUUUCAUAAUCCUGAGGAAUGGUAUUUACUUCUAAAUUGCG